AUGGAGUCGCUUUGUUGUCUUCAGUUCUUCGCUUUUGUUUUAGUCCUCAUCGCAAUUCUCUACCGCGUAUUGCGCCUACCUCGGCCUGACCCCAACAUAGACAAAUCUUUUCUCCGUAAUGAUAAAUCGGAAUCGGCAAUUGUUGCUCACAGAGGCGGGUCAGCUGAAGCACCUGAAAACACUUUGGCUGCGUUUCGUAUGUCGAAAGAAAAUGGGGCAAUUGGUGUUGAAUUUGACGUAGAUUUCACGAGGGAUGGUAGAGCAGUUGUAAUUCAUGAUUCAACUGUUGACAGAACUACAGAUGGAAUAGGUUUGGUCAGUGACUUCUCCUUUGAGGAAAUUCGAAGACUUGACGCAUCUUGUAAACAUCCGUUAAGGUACGGUAAAAAUUUAAAAAAUGUAAGCUUACAUGUAUGUAGCUUAAUUAUUAAAGGGUCUGUUUACAAGGAGCAAGGGGUUACCCUUGUGCUAGGUUUACCCUAGCAAGCGGGUUAAAGUUAGCUCUGGUUUACCAGCAAAUUACGCUAAUCUACCAAGCUUUACUGACGUGUUUUGUCAUGCGUGACAUUCUUUGUAACGUCCAAGAUUCGAAAUAAAUCAAAACUUGAAGUUCUCUAUGGAAAAAAUGUUAAAUUCACGAAAAAACGCGAAAAUAUUAUCAUCAUAUACAGAAAAUACCCUAUAUUGACUUUUUGUUCAGAUUUUUAUAAUUUAGCUCAGAAAUUGGAUAAUUUCACGGCAGGUACAAAAUCCAGGUCACAGGUCACAGGUCACAAGUGCAGGGCAAACUACAGGUCACUGUGCUAUGGUAAAUAAACAUGAGCACUUAAAGUGUCCCCCAGCCCUAAUCACAAUCCAAAAUAGAAUUUUAGCUUAACCCUUUAAGCCCCAAUAUCCACAUACAAAUUCUCCAAACUGAUCUCUAUACAUUUCCUUUAAGAAUUAGUUAAGAGAAUUUGAUAAAAGAUCAAAGUAUUUUCUCUUAGGUGAUCAUUUUAUUAAUUCUCAUAACUUUAUCUCACAACAAUGUAUGGAUAUCGUUAGGAGAAAAUUGCUGUUGGUCACUAUUGGGACUUGAAGGGGGUUAAGGGGAAAUAGAGCAGUGACCUACACUAUUGACCUUUGACCUGUGAGCUGUGUUUUGUACCUGCCAAUAAUUCCGAUCAAAUUGUCAAGACCACUGGUCAGGCAUGACAGAGGAAAGUUGUCGCGGAUGGGCAAGUUAUCCCUAGCAGAGCGUUUACAAGGCAGAUAAGGUAACCCUCUUGUUAGGGUAACCGUAGCACUCAGGUAGGGUUACUCUAGCGCUAGGGUAACCCUACCUACCUUGUAAACACAUCAUGCAAAAAAAGAAGAAAUGUGCGAGUGCAAGGGUUCUCCCUCCUUGUAAACAGGGCCUACACUGUCAGUUAUAGUGCGACUACUAUACCCGGGACCACCUUAACAAAGUUGACCAAUUCAGUUACAGGAAAAUAACAGUACAUUGCGAGAAAGUUAGUUGUCAAUCAUAAUUACCACAAAACGAAAUAAACGACAUGGCAUGGAUUGAAAUCAACCAAUAAACGACCUACAGACAUGACCUUUUGAACCCCGCUGAAGAAAGCACAUGUUUUCCAAGAGGUCCGUUAGAAUGGGUGAUGGAGAGGAGAAAUGUAAACGGUAGUUAUAUUUUUGACUUGCUUUUUGAAAUUGCCGGUAGAUGACAAAAUAACAGCUUGUGUCAAAGAAAAAUGUGUCCUGGGUAUUGCAUGCAAAGUUUCAUAUAGAAAACCAUCAUCUGGUGAAACAUUUUGCUUUCCAGAAAAAUGUUUACUUCCAAGAAUAUUAAAUUUUGUGCUUCGAGUAACUUAUUGUUUUUUACGAGCUGCUGAUUGGCCCACAACCAACUUUCUUGGAAUGUGUUGUUAGUUUCCUGUAAUCCAAUUGGUCAACUUUGUUUAAGAGGCCUUUUGGGAUAUUUGCAGUUUGGUAGCGCAAUCAACUUUUUGUAAACACAAAUGAUUUGUUUUGGAAAAAUGACUGCAGCAGGAACUAAAAGGGAAUACAGGUAACCUGUAAAUUUUCAGCCAUAUAUUUCAAAACUAGCGACUGUAACUGCCACCAAAAAUUAGAAAGAUUUGUUUGGGAAAAAGAACUCUUGCCUCCCAGUCAUAGUUGAGUAGUUUUCCAAGUAAAUCCUUGUAAAUUUGAAAUUUUCAAACUGUAUCUAAUUAAUAUUUUGUCCAUAGACUCUCCAAUAUAACCACCUAAGGGAGCAACAGUGUCAAAGAUAUAACAAUAUUGUUAAUAUUUUCAUAAUUAUGAUAGUGACAAGUUUCCAAGGGAAAAGAUUCCGUCUGUUGAAGAAGUUGUAGAGCUUUGUGCCAGCCUUGGGUUAAAGAUGAUUAUUGAAAUCAAGAAGGGUAGCAAUUCCGAAGAGGUGAGAACAAAAUUUAUGUAAAGAAGAUUUUAUGGAGGCUCCUAGAGGCAUGACUGUGCACCUUACACUUCUUUCUCCACUUUGCCAAUACACAAAACAAUACACACACUCUACCCCAUUAUUUUAAUUUUGUAUGUGAAUCAAAUUGUGACAAGUGAAAUUAUUACCUAAUUUGGGUAGUUUACCGUUUGAUUACUUGUUAAUUAGUACCAUGGGUGACAAAUUAUGCACGCAAUCAUGGAUUUUUGACAUGUUUAUCGUAUCAGUCAUGAACUCCACGCACUGAAAAGUUAAAGAUGAAGCUUAAAUUUUGGUUAUGUUUAUAAUAAUUUUUCAGAAUUUUAUGACAAAAUACCUGAUAGAAUCCUUCUUCAUUUUGUCAUGUGCUCUUUUGUGUAUUGGUUUUGUUUAGCGUCUUUUAAUGCCUUGCAAUAAAAUUAUUGUCAUCUUCAUUCAUAACAUUUUAAAACCUUGAUGCCAUAUUGGUCCUGACAUGUACAGACCAUUGUCAUGGCAUUUCUGUAGUUUCACAUGUGAAAUUUGCCACCAAAAUUAAGGAAUAGUAAUUAUUUUUUGUCACCCAUGAUAUGUUGGCUUGGGUGAGUACAUUGCUACUACUUUUUUUUUAUUAAAUCAUUGGAGCACACUGUACAUGAAAAAAAAAAAGAGAGAGAGGGAGAGAGCAAAGUUACUUUAUAAUAAUAGUAUUCCAGAAACAUCUCACAGAGAUUCUACUAUCCUAAGUGGAAGGCUUUUUUGAGAGAGGAGGGGUGAAUUUUCGAUGUACAAGUCAAGAACAUGAAAGGCAUGUACAGUCAACUCCCAAUAACUCAAACCUUCUAGGGAAAUCAAAAUAGGUUCGAGUUAGCGGGAGUUCUAGUUAUCAGGAGUUAGAAGGAAAUAACCGGAAAUAAGAAAGUGGGAUGGGGGAAUGAAUUCUGCAAGUAAUAUGCACACUUCAAACUUGAUUAAUGCACAGUGCUGGACACUGUAUUCAAACUGUACUGACAAAAAAGUAAAGACAAAGAAUACAUGGUUGUUAAAAUAAUUUAUGUGUUUGGGACUGCAGUCCCUUUUUGUCAGGCAGAAAGCAUGGUUUGAGUUACCUAGGGUAAAUUUAAUAUAUAGAAAUAUUUUGAAGGGAAACAAAAAUUACCCCAAGUUAUCGGGAGGUUUGAGUUAUCGAGGGUUCGAGUUACUGAGGGUAAAAUUAUAGUAAGUGUACAUUAUGAAGGAAAUCCAGGGGAAAUCAAUUUUGGUUCGAGUUUGCGUGAGGUUCGAGUUAGCGAGGGUUCGAGUUAUCGGGAGUCGACUGUAAUAAAGGCGUGAUGCUCAAUAUACCAAGUCGAUAUACAGUGUAUGCACUAUGGUGUCAUUCUUUCGUGGAAAGUUUAUUGUGUCAUUGUUUAAGGGCUAGGGAUCAUUGUUGUGUUCUUUGUGACAUCACUCGAGAAUUGCUAUUCACUUGGUAUGUUGUGCACCAGCCAAAUAACCCUUUAAGUCCCAAUAGUGACCAAGAUCAAUUUUCUCCUAACAAUAUCCAUACAUUGUCAACAGAUAAGUUAUGAGAAUUAAUAAAAUGAUCACCUAACUAAAAAUGCCUUGAUCUUUUAACAAAUUUUCUUAACUCAUUCUUUAAGGAAAUGUAUAGAGAUCAGUUUGGAGAAUUUGUAUGUGGAUACUGGGACUUAAAGGGAUAAAGGGGUGAAUCAGGGUAAAUGCCUGCAAUCAAUAAUUAUUGUUUCAGGCUCCAACCCACCUCCUAACUGACAUGCAAAAAAAAGUUAAGUGUAAAAUAUCUGGCUGUCAAAUAAUAUCCAGUCAAGAUCGUUGCCUGGGGAAAUCUUCGACACCUGUCAUGCAGACUUAGAUAGAUUAUGUCAAGAGGCUACGUAGCUUUGGUUGGUUAUUCACAAUCCAGAAUGGUUCCAAAACAACACAUGACUAAAUUAAGCUAGUAGAUUAUUCACUAGAAACUUAUUUUGUAGUCGGUCAUACUUUUGUAAGCAUUAGAACCUGAGUACAGAGUUAAUUUCGUGUACUAACUAAGUAUCUCCUUUUUAAAUCUUUUUUUAGACAGCACAAUAUUUGACAAAUCUGUUUUCGAGUUAUCAACUAUAUGACAGAGCUCUUGUCUGCAGCUACUUUCCUGGUGUAAUUUACAAGGUAGAUGAUUGCAUGUUACUUAUAAAAUAGUAAUAAUUACUAUUUUUUUAAUUUCUAUUAAAUUAAUGUAUAUGUUGUGGUUCAAUUUUAUUUUCUUUUGUUUUGGGAUGUGGUAUUAUGUAUGAUAAUGAGUUUGAAACAAAGGAAAAUAAAAUUUAAACCAAGGAUAAAAUUGAACUACAACAUACAUAAAUAUCAUUAAGUUGUACUUCACAAAAUAAAUCACCUCAAGUUCUACUUCUAGUUAUUAACCCAAUUCUUUAAAAACAAAAAUCAGGAGCAAUUUUUAUUGUUUCUAUUUUUCAUCACCCUGCUUGAAGAGCCUUAAUUCUUUUCCUGGAUUUUGUGUCCAGACUCUGUACGAAUUGAGUAAGAUCUUUGCUUGCUGAGCAUGCACUGCAUGUUGCUCGAAGGAUGCAAUUUUUUAACUCAGUGGUACAGUGGGCUCAGUUAUGAGCACGUGAUUAUCAAUAAAUGGAUGUUUGCACUCAAAAAUCCAGUUAACAAGAGAAAACAAGAUUGACUAGUCCAGAAUAGUUCAGGCUCUGGUGACUUCAAAGGCUUGAUGUGAUUCAGGCAGAUCAGCCAGCUGUUCUCCUCUUUGAUCAUGAAGGAGACAAUAAAAGGAGGCUCUGUUCACAGGGUACUGCUAUUUCAUAAUUGCAUCAAACUUUUUCCCUUGAUAACUAUCAAUAGUCAAGAGUCAAAUUAACUACAGAAGAAUUAUUGUUUUUUGAAAUACUGUUUUGUUUUUGCUUUGACAUCUUAGGUUCGCAAGACAGAUCCUAAAAUCAUUACUGCUUUAGUAUGGUGGAGGGACAGCAUGAGUUAUAUUAUAACAGGAGGCAAGGAAUUGUUUGAGAUUGAUAGUUCCAUCAAAGUAUCAUUUUUGAGUUUCUUUGAUAGAAUAUGGGAGGCACUUUUGCCAUGGUAUUAUGAUUUCCUUGGAGUGCCCAUUCUGUCAUGUGCAAAGGAACAUGUUUGCGCGUAAGUCAUCUUUCUUUUCAGAAUUUCUUCACUGUUUGUUUCUGUAUCUCCUAGACAAUUAGUAUUAUAUUAUUAUCUUUCAGACUGUCUUUUGGUUUCUGAUUGCUGUAAAGUUCCUGUCUGCAUUUUCAUUGCCAGUUUCUGUGCCCUGACCAAAUUUAGAAGAUUUUUCAAUUAUUUUGACAGUUGAGGUCAAUCAUCAAAUAGUAGAAGAUGAAAGAUGAUCAAUGCUAAGCAGACUGGUAGACAGUUGACGCAGAGUCUCAGCUGUUUUGUUUUUAGCAAUGAUCACAGUGACCCAGGGGUACUUCAGAUUUUAAGGUUCGGAAAUUCGGCACGGGAUUUUUGCGGAGUUAAUUUUUGGUCUAGGGAUGGUUUUGGGUUUUGACUUUUUGACCCCAUUCAAUCAUCCCCAGCACUUGAAAUCUGGACAAUACCCCCUCUUCCCCCCAAGCAAUGGGAAUGUCAAAAAUGCAAAUUGAUAAAGCCAAAACUUUGCACAUGCAUUAAACUAUUUGGUACAUUCCUUUCCUGGCCACUGCCUAACUAUGAUCAUGAUAUUCAUCUGUAGUGUGCAACUUUUCAAAGAUACAGGAAAUACACAAUUUGACGAGUUAUUCUCUCUUAUAUUACACUUAGGUGUGGUCCUUAAAAAUGAUAUUAUUGACCGCUAGGAAAAUUAGUCUCCCCAGUGAAGUAUUGAGCAAGUUGGAAUAUUGUGAUCAAGUUUGAAAGAAUGCAAUUUUAUUUUUUGAGUGAUCAUUUCUCUGCUGUUGUCAUCCUCAUUACUAAUUUUUGUGGGCUUUUAGUGAAGGUCAAAGUAAAAUUGGCAAAACUAAAGGAAGAAGGAAAAGAGGGAAUUGGAGUGAGCGAAAAUGGAAAUGCCGUUUAUGUGUUUGCCACCUUAUUCCUACUUUCCAUUUGAUCCCCCUCAAAUGGCUGCUACCCUUGGGUUACUACCCUUAGGGUUCCCCUUCAAAAACCCCUAUUUCUGGUAAUUGAAAGUGGUUAGUGGAAAGUUAUUGUGAUUUAGAAGCUCUCCUGACUUAUGACAGCUGUGUGGAAGUUGGUCCUGUGUGAGAUCUUGGAUAAUACUUGACCUGAUAUGAUAACCACUAAAACUUUGCUUUGUUCCACAGGGACAUGUUAGAGUUGUGGAGAGGUUAUGGUGUUGAUGUGGUAACAUGGACUGUCAAUCAUUUGAAGGCCAAGGUCUUUUUCAUGGAAUGUCUUGAUUGCUCAGUCAUAACAGACUGUGUAAAACGAAAUUCAGUUUGGAAUUAACUACAAAAUGAAAUAUUUUGAAAAACGAAAUUCUUGUGCAUCAAAUCAAGCAAAUUUGUCUUUACCGAUAUGUUAUUUCCUUUGCAAGGUUUGAGGAGGACACAUGUUUAAAUUCCUAUGAAAUUGUGGGAAAGCUUGCCAAAAUAUUUAAGCGUUGUCUUGCCCCAUGUAAGGUAAUCCAGAUUCUGCAGUUUAGAAAAUUUUUCGUCGUAAAAUCUUGUAUCCUCGAAAUUUCUUCUCGUGGAAUGAGGGGAGGGGGGCAUCUGUACACAGGCUACAUAUGGAAUCUGCAAUCCUGCCAAUGAUUAGAAUCCGGAAUCCAGUACAUCCGGAAUCCACAACGUGGAAUACAGACUCCAAUAAUGUUUUGUAAUAUUACCUUACGUGGAGUGACAUGUUUCACCUCAGAGCUGGUCAGAUUAUUGACACAGUAAAAAUAAUUUAACUUGCUGUUAAUCAGUCAGGUUCAGUGAGUUUUCUGAGAUGAGUGACUGUUGCAAAGAGCCUUAUGUGUGAUGUUGCCCGGUUUUCCCUCAGUCUGAAGUUAUUGAUUCAGUUCUCCUUGGAUCGACUUGCUCAGUUUGUGGAGGCAUGGUGAAACAAAAUUGGGUGACAGCGUUUGAUCACAAGACUGAUGUUUUGAACCUAAAGAAAGUAAAAUUGGCACAGGCUUGACUGUUAAUAAAUUAUUCUCCUGUAAGAUUUAUUGUACGUAUAUGCCUUUUAAAGGCUACGGGUUCGGAAUAUUUGUUAUCGGAAUAUUUAAGUUAACUUAUUUGUAAUUUAUGGCAACUCAUUUUACUUACUGUUAUACAUGUAUGUCUUUAAAUGUUUUUGUGUAAGAAGGGUUCCUUAAAUAUUUUUGUGUAAAAACGCCC